CUUCUCUACUUCCAAGUUCCAAGUCCCAACAACGCUCUCGCUCUCUCUCUUCCGGAGAAGCACCGGUCAGUGGUGCUGCCGUCUGCCACCCCUCCCACCACCACCACCACCCAUCUCCCUCCGCCCUUCUCCCCUCUUUCCGUUCUUUUCCAUACGACUCAAAAGACAGACGGUUUGCCCUUAUUCUUCUCCAUUCUAACCCCAAAGUACAAUCUGUAGAACUGUGUCAUCUUCUGUGUGCCAAAUUGUUCAUGAAAUUUUCGCUCUGCCAUGGACUUCGGGGUUUCAGACAGCAGUGGAACAGAUGACGACCUUCCUCCUCCACAUCAGAACAAAUUCCGAAGUGGGGGACCUGGUACUGGGAACGGGAGAACAAUGGCAGUCGGCAAUGCUCCAUUCCCUCGAAUUCAAAAUGACAUGGAGACACAGAUCCACCUUAUAGAACAAGAAGCAUAUAGCUCGGUUCUGCGAGCCUUUAAAGCUCAAUCUGAUGCCAUCACUUGGGAGAUGGAAAGUUUGAUAACAGAUCUUAGGAAGGAGCUGAGAGUGUCGGAUGAAGAACACAGAAAGCUUCUAUCUAAGGUUAAUGCCGAUGACAUCAUCAGAAGGAUCAGGGAAUGGAGGAAGACAAACGGGCUUCAACCUGGCAUGCUCAAUAGUCCUACUGCUUCUGCAUCACGUAAGAAACAGAAGACAUCCCAAUCUGGGCCUUCGUUAUCCGUGGGUCCACCACCUCCGGCACUGCACCAGCCAAUGCCGCCAUCUUCCUCAGCCUUGAACCGUUGCCCUGGUUCAGGAAUGAGGGGAAAGAAACCACAAUCUUAUGGUUCAGCAGGUUUCACCGGCAGGGAUCAAGUUCCUAAGCAGGGGUUUGGUGGUGCAUUUAGUGCAAACGGAGUGGAUGAAGACAACAGCUCUGAUCCUUUGAUCGGAAGGAAGGUUUGGACAAGAUGGCCCGAAGACAAUAACUUCUAUGAGGCUGUUAUAACAGACUUCAAUCCCGUCGAGGGACGUCAUGCUCUCGUAUAUGAUGCCAAUACCCCAAAUGAAGCUUGGGAGUGGGUUAAUCUUAGAGAGAUAUCUCCAAAUGAUAUUCGCUGGAAAUGGGAGGAUGUCGGCAUUUCUCAUAGAGGUGGCCGAAGUGGAUCUAGUCGAGGGAUGAAGAAUCCUACAGCCCGUGGUGGGACCACUGCAGGUUCUGGAAGAGGUAGAGUGAUUUCAAAGGGUCAGUCCAAGAAAGAACUACCUCCAUUGCAAAAUAACGUUGCAAAGAAGCCGUUGCAUGAUAUCGAAAUACUCCACACCGAUACCCUUGUUAAGGAGAUAGACAAAGUGUUCAGUUCAAGCAAGGCGGAUCCGAUGGACAUUGAGAAGGCCAGAAAAGUGCUAAAAGAUCAUGAACAAGCCCUUGUGGAUGCUAUCGCAAAGCUUGAAGGCACGUCGGAUGGUGAAAGUGACAGGGAAGACCGGGAUCAGUUAUCACAUCUGCAAAAGCAAUCAGUUGAGAUGGGAAAAAUAUCGAGAAAACAUGAAGUGGGUGAAGGUUCGGAUGGCAAUAAGGUGGCUAUGGAGACAAGAGAUGGACUUAAUCAGCCAAAUGGGGGCCAAGACAUGCAAUAACUGUAUGUACUUGGCUACCCCUUUCAAUCAUGUGGUGUACCAUAUCUGAUAUCUCACAUUUUGUGAUUAGCUAUAUUGAUGAUAACAGCUAGAUUUGGUUAUCUUGUUCAUCUUACUGGUAACAAUCAAAAUCCUUGUAAUCUAAUGUAUCUUAUGAUUUCAACAUUUCAAAGAUUGUUAAAUCUCUCUGUUUCUUGGCAUAUUCAGUAAUUAUACUCCUGCUUGUAUCU